GUUGAAGGCAGCACAGCCCACUUUUCCUCCGGAGUUGCUGUAUUUACACAAGAGCAACAACAGCUGAGUACGUACAUUCGCUUCGCACCGACCGACACAUUCGUGCAAGUUGAGAUGCUGCUGCCCCAGCAGACCACUCCAUAAAAGAUGGCCGAUGCCAAAAACGGUUGAAAAAGGUCCCAGUUUCCUAAGCAGCCAUGCGGGUGGCAGUCAUUGGAGCAGGGGUCAUUGGCUUGUCCACUGCCCAGAGCAUUUAUGAGCAUUACCACAACAAAGUCAGUCCCCUGACUAUAGAGGUCUAUGCCGACGUGUUCACCCCUCUCACCACCAGCGACGGGGCAGCGGGGCUCUGGCAACCGUACCUGUACGACAAGGGCAACGUCCAGGAAACGAAAUGGAACAAAGAGACGUUUGAUUACCUCCUGAGUUUCCUCAGCUCUCCAGAAUCAAUGAAAAUGGGAAUAUUCCUCCAGUCUGGCUACAAUCUAUGUACCGAGCGCGUACCAGAGCCCUCAUUUAAAGAUAUUGUGUUGGGUUUUCGUGAGCUAACUCAGCGCGAGCUUGAUAUAUUUCCAGGAUACAGCUUUGGCUGGUUUAACACUGCUCUAAUGCUGGAAGGGAAGACCUACCUGCCCUGGCUCAUGAACUGGUUGUCACAAAGAGGCAUCAAGUUUUACCACAGGAAAAUUAACUCAUUUCAAGAGCUGGCAGACAGUGGUGCAGAUGUCAUCAUGAACUGCUCUGGUGUUCGAUCAGGCGACCUACAACCUGACCCUGAGCUCACUCCAGGCCGAGGGCAAAUCGUUAAGGUAGAUGCUCCUUGGAUAAAGCACUGGAUUCUGACCCACAGUUUAACAGCAGAAGUUUAUAGUAAACCUUAUAUCAUCCCAGGGAGCCGUUUGGUCACCAUCGGUGGAACUUUCCAGCAAGGAAACUGGAGUCAGCAAAACAGUUUCAUUGACCACAAAAAAAUGUGGGAUGAGGCCUGUAAACUUGAGCCCAGCCUAAAACAUGCCCGGAUUGUGGAUGUCUGGACCGGUCUCAGGCCAGCACGCAGUAAAGUGAGGCUGGAGAGGGAGACCAUGCGAUCUGGACCGAACACUUAUGAGGUUAUCCAUAACUAUGGUCAUGGAGGCUACGGUCUGACGAUCCAUCGAGGAUGUGCUGAGGAAGCUGCCCGGCUGUUUGGAGAGAUCCUCCAGCAGAAAGACUGGCAAAUGAAACCUAAAUCUCGACUGUAAUCCAGCAGACUAUUAACAUUAGUCCUAAUCCAGAUGGCCAUCAAUUAUCACCAGUUUUAUAUCAUGUAGUGGGUUAUGCACAAAGUUUGAAGGGUAUAUUUAAUUCUACUGUUUUUUCUUUUAAUUUCUACAUAAUUCAGUCAUUGGGAUGUGAACAAAGUCAAGCUUAUUCAUUCUGAUUUCUUUACAGUGGUGCUAAUAAGAACCAGGAGUCACAGUGUCUAUAACACAAAUAUAGCCAUUUUAUUUACUAUCCAAAAAAGUAAACAUAUAUGUGUCUUCUAAGUUUCUGUGUUGAAAAUCAUAAAAUCAUCUCAAUGAUUGGAUUAUAUAGAUCUUCUGAAAAAUUGGUUCAAUUCCCCUUAAACCUAGAUACUUUAGACGAUAUAAAAAGUGGAAUUAAAUGCUUAAUUGCAAGCUGUAGGUGGCAAUAAAAAUGAUCUCACUAUAGUGGAAAUCCAUAUAUAGAUAGAUAUUUUAUUGCUGUCCAAA